AUGGCCCUCACGCACCGAAACACAGUCCUCAUCUUCGACCAGACGAGCGCCGGCCCCUCCCGCUACCGCCUGCACCGCCGUUGUAGCCGUCACCGACCGGUCACGUCGUGCUGGGCACACUCUGUUGAGUACGAUAUUGCAUCCAACGCCGUCCGCCCCCUCGUCCUCCGCACCGACACGUGGUGCUCCUCCGGUGCGUUCCUCGCUGACGGCACGCUUGCGCAGACCGGCGGCCACGGUGAGGGCUCACGCAAAAUUCGGUACUACCGCCCUUGCUCCGACCGCCGGUGUGGGUGGGAGGAGUCGAAUGCUUCGCUCGCCAACGAGCGGUGGUAUGCAACAAACCAAGUGCUGCCUGAAAAGGAUCGAGUGUUCAUAGUCGGCGGCCUCAAAGUCUUCACCUAUGAAUUCAUGCCAAAGUCUUCGUCGUCGGAGUCCGCCUUUGAGCUGCCGUUCCUCCGCCAAACUAGGAGUCGAAGGGAAGGAGGCGGCAACCUCUACCCUUUCGUCCACCUCUCUACCGACGGCAAUCUGUUCAUUUUUGCCAACCGUGAUUCCAUCCUUUUCAACUACCGCCGCAACCGAGUCAUCAAACACUUCCCAACAAUACCCGGAGACGGCGGUCGCAACUACCCAAGCACAGGCUCUUCAGUGCUGCUCCCACUGGAGUAUAAAGACGGGUUCCGCAAGGCGGAGGUUAUGGUGUGCGGAGGAGCUGCCGCAGGCGCCUUUCGUGCGGCUAAGCACCACCACUACUUGAAAGCCUUAAGCUCAUGCGGCCGUCUCGUCGUCACCGCCGAUAACCCUAAAUGGGCGAUGGAGGAGAUGCCCGGGCCACGUCUCAUGAGCGACAUGGUAAUCCUGCCGAUAGGUGAAAUAAUAAUCAUCAACGGUGCGUCGCACGGAUGUGCGGGCUGGCAGAAGGCCAUCAACCCGGCCUACCACCCUUUCCUCUAUAAACCUAAGAAGAAGGUCGGAACGAGAUUUUCCGUGCUGCGGCCUUCACGUAUCGCAAGAAUGUACCACUCGUCAGCCAUUGUUCUCCCCGAUGGGAGAAUUCUGGUGGCUGGAAGUAACCCCUAUAAGCGGUAUCUGUUCAACGGCGGUGCGCGCUAUCCUACCGAGUUACGGGUCGAGGCCUUCACCCCUCACUACAUGGGAAAGUUUUACGACGAAAAGAGGGUUUCGAAUGUUUCAAUAGAAUGCAACAGCGGGAGCAACGGAAUAAGGUACGGGGAGGAGUUCAACGUCAUGUUCGCGAUCGCGAGGCGUUCGGAGGAGAUCGGCUUCCAUGUAUAUGCACCUCCGUUUGCAACGCACUCGAUAUCAAUGAGCCAGAGAAUGCUGAAACUGGGAUACCGUGAGUUGGUGAGGGAGGUAGGCGGCACGACGCACAGCGCGGUUGUUUUGGCCCCGCCUUCUCCUGCAGUAGCGCCUGCAGGAUUCUAUUUGCUGACUGUCGUUAAUGGAGGAAUACCCAGCAAGUCCGAAUGGGUGAGAUUUGUUCAUGGAUGA